AUGGAUGAGAGUUCAUCCGAGGAUGAGGACCCUGUCAUUCCUCUCAGAAGGAGUGCCCGGCAGAAGAGGCCUGCCCCGAGUUGCACGGUGUGCGAUCAUGACAGCGAGACACGGGAUGAAUCUGGAAAUCUGCCACCUCGGAGCAAACGACUUCGCGCAUUUUGUGGCAAGGAAUGGCUCGCUCAUCAGAUCUAUACCGUAUUUUUUGUUGGUGAUUUUAUUUCCCUGCUAUUUUGUGGUUGGCUACCUGAUAGAUAUGGACGAAAGACUGUCAUUAUUGCUGCGCUCAUGCUUGAAGGUGUAACUGGAAUUCUGUCUUCGCAAAUUAUGGACAUCAAUAUGAUUCUCCUUCUUCGUUUGUUGACAGCUGUUGAAAGUGCUCUCUCUUAUAUGCCAUCAGUUGUGUUUGGCGCUGAAAUUUCGUCAAUAGAAAACAGAACUUAUGCCUCCAUCAUUAUUCAAAUGUAUUUGACCGUCGGAUACUUUAUUCUUAGCCUAUUGACCUAUUACAUACGAAAUUGGACACUGAUCGUUCUAUUGGUUUCUCUACCCAUAAUACCGACUGGAUUAAUUUACCUUUGGGUUUUACCAGAGUCACCACGUUGGCUACUAACUGUGAAAAAGGAAAAGGAAGCAGAAAUCAUUUUGAAUAAAAUGGCUAAAGUUAGCAAUCGCAAUUUCAGUUACAAAUCAGACGAAAUAGAAAUAUCGGUGGUCGAAGAUCGAACUGUCAGGAUCUGGAAAAUUUUUACGAUUCCAAAACUUCGAAAAAGAACACUCAUCUUGAUGUUUAACUGGUUUGUGGUGAGUUUUGUGUAUUAUGGGAUGGUGCUACAUACUGGACAUCUGAGUGGUAACAUCUUCCUGAAUUUCUUCUUUGGUGCACUCGUGGAAAUCCCUGCGUAUCUCAUGUGUAUCUUUUUAUUGGACUGUCUCGGUAGGAAGAAAUUGUACAUUGCCUUUAUGGUUAUUGGAGGAAUCUCCGGAAUCGCAACAAUUUUUUCAUUGAUGUAUACUUCUGAUGAUUUUAAAUGGAAUAUAACAACAUUGGCUCUCUUAAGCAGACUGUGUAUUACUGGCACUUACGUUAUUAUCUACCUACACACUUGUGAAUUGUACCCUACCUGUGUGAGAAAUGGAGCACUGGGAUAUCUCUCUACUUUUGCUACAUUGGGUGGUACGACAUCGCCUUACAUAAUAAUGACACGUACUUUUGCCACUGGAAGUUUGGGUGACAGUUUACCCCUACUGUCGAUGGGAUUUGCCUGCAUUUUAGCUGGUGCAUCUUAUGUCUUCCUUCCUGAAACCAACAACAGACCCAUAGCGGACAACUUUGAUGAUGUCUAG